AGGGGUUACCCACACUUAGUGGUGUGUUCGGAAGCUCGAACUCCUUUAUUCUUCGAAUGUUCCACGUUCUAGAAAGCUGCUAGUAAAGUAAUCAGGAACAGACACAGUAUCGGUUGCGUUGUGAAAUUGGCCGUCGUUCUCUUUGUUUAACUAUCGUUUAUUGUUACAUUGAAUCAGCUUUAUUUCUUUCAUUCAUUACUCUUUGUUCAAUAUUCUGGUAAGGAAACUUCAACCAGAGCUUGAACCUCUCUCAGACUCUCUUGUCUAGAUUGACAACAAUUACUUCAAUAGCAGUGAGUUCAACAUCAAGGAUCAAACCUUCAAACAUCCUGAAGUCCAAUCGACUUCUUGAUAUCCUAACAAAUUUGACGCAUUUGACUCUCAUCCCACCCACUACAAAAUGACACCCCGUUCCUCUCCCGCUCCCAAUACCAAGUCCGACACCCAAUGGCUGCACGAUCUCGGCUACCCCACCGGUUUCCAAUCCUUCAAACUCGACUACGGCUUCUCACCCGACGACGCACAGGAUCAUCUCGACGCUCUAACUCUCUUCCAUCAAUUCCGCACCGAACAGCAAGAAAUAGAUUCACACACAUACACAAGAACAAAUGUGUCCGUUUAUGCCUUUGGCGAAUCUACCGAUGAAGCAGAGGAGUAG